AUGGGAUCUUCGGAUAUCGCACCCUCACACGCGCCGCAAUGGCUUGUACCAUUAUCGACCGUACUUCUCGGCUCUGGCGUGUUCUUCUGGUGCAUCGCGUAUGUUCUAAUAACACGUCGUAGCAUCCAGACGCGCUCAUACGGAAUGCCCCUCUUAGGUCUGGCGAUUAAUGUCAGCUGGGAGAUCGUAUACGGCUUUUACGUGGCCGAGAUGCUGUUCGAGAAGCUCGGCUUCACCCUCUGGCUCAUACUAGACCUAGGGCUAAUUUAUACCACCGUGAAGUUUGCACCUGAGGAGUGGGCGUCCACCAACAAGUUCGUCGGCCGACACAUGGCUUCUAUCUUAGCUCUUAUGCUAGCGAUAGGGUGCUGGGGUCACUACGCCUUUGUCUCGUGGUGGCUAUCGCGUCCGGGAAUCGGUAUCGGUGAUAAAUCCGGCAAAUGGUACUAUGGCCAGGACGGAUAUGAUACGACGGAGUUGGCUUAUUGGUCAGCUGGGGUUGCCCAGCUUGUUCUUAGCAGCUCCAGCGUGGCAAUGCUCGGUAUUCGUGGACAUUCUGGAGGAACUGGAUAUAUAAUUUGGCUAUGCAGGAUUACUGGGUCUCUCCUUGGUCUAGGCUUUUGCAACGGCUUGUUAUGGUGGUAUUGGCCAGAAGCACAUUCUUACUUCACUCACCCGAUGAGUAUCUUCAUCGGCGGUGUGUCUCUCAUAUGCGACCUUGUAUAUCCUUUCGUCCUUUGGCACGUCCGCCAGUCAGAAAGAGUCAUGGCCGAUGGAAGAUUGGUAGGAGCCCACAUGAUAGAGCCAGAGAAAGAAAAAGGACAAUGA